AUGAAGAAUCAACACUUUUACCAACUCUUCAAGGAUUCUCGGCUUGCUCAGGUGGCAGCACCUAUGAGCAAGGUCCUCAGAGGAUCUAAUGCUCCAUCCCCCACUCACCAGAUCCUUUUCGCUCCUAAGGGAAGCUCUUCACGUUCAGAGUAUGGUAUCAAGAAGCCCUUGCCAAAACAGGUGGGUGUCUCUCAUUUCGUGAUGAACGCCAUGGAUACUUCACGUAACAUUCCAGAUGUUGAAAAGUUCUCCAGUCCUCACUACAACAGAUUGAAGUUUCAGGAAUCAGGUAUAGUGUUGAAGAAACCUGCCACUAAAGAGAACCCUCUUUUCGCAUGGGACUCGUCCAAGAGUCUCAAGAAGUCACAGCGUGAUAACGUGGUGGCCGAGUUUAAUCUUGGUGGCAAUGCUAGCACGCGUGAUAUCAAGCACGUACUCAAAGCCAACCCAACUCUCGCUAAGGAGUUCAAGCAGUGGUUGGUGAAAAGAUCACCAGAAUCCAUUGUCUUCAAGAUUCCUGCUAAAAUGGAGGAGCUCUUGAAAGAAUUUAUCGCAUCAUCUCAAACCGUCAAGAAACAUCCAUCAUCGUUGGUGGACUUGACGAGGAAGUUCGGAAGAGUCCUGAGCACGGCGCCUGCUAGAAGUGUCCAGGGUACUGGUGGUCUCUCUUACAACCAGAAAGGUCGCCUUAAUAACACGCCGAAUGGUAUCAAGACCGGUGUCAUUGCUCCUGGUCGUCUUGUUGCCGACAGAGAAGCUGCUAUCAAUGGCUUUGUCGCUUCCCUCAACGAAAGAACGGUCGCUUUGCAGAACAACUUUAUUUCCAAUGCUCCUGGUAAGCACCCAAGACAAUUUGUCCUUCCAUUCAAGAUCAGUGAAGCUGAGCUUACGCCUACUGGCGGUAUCAGAAUGUAUGCUGACGGUGUAAAGGUCGGAUCAUGGAUCCAAAGAACUGAAGGUGGAUCCUCAUAUGCCAACAGAUCCAACUACGUCGCAUCUAACCCAUACUUUGGCUCUCUUUCUGAAAGAAACAGCAGAGAUGCUACAGCUUUGGAAAACUUGUUGGGCUUGGUUUCCAAGAACAAGUCUUAA